GCUCCCAUUGGUAAUUCCAUAACGGUCCCCACGCCACAGUCUUGACCUUCUUUGUGUCCUAAAACGGGAUUAUCCACAGUGACCACAGUCACUUUUUCGGUUAUCGGAAUCAAGCACAAAGUGUGGUUGAGAGAAUUAAUUGAAGGCAUAUAAAAGCUUCGCCCUCUUGUAACCUACCCUGAGCUCCCACCCGCUACUCCACCAGAGACAGAACGUCCUAUCACACCCCCGCAAUCUGGUCCGGAGGUUCCAACUGAUCCUGACCUGCAGGCGUCGCCCCACAAGGCCACCAACACAACACUUGGGAAGAGCAAGAACAACUGGCAAUAUCGAAUCAUUGCUCAAGAAGAGAUGGACACGUCUAUCUAUCAAGAGGAUCUCGACAAGUGGUUCUCGAAAUUUCUGCCAGGUAAAGAUGGUGAAAACCUCAGCUUCGAACCGGAAGAUCUCCCUGAAGAAUUCCGGGAAAAGAAGUUUCACUUUGACGAAGUUACGUUCGACGCGAACAGUGGCCAUCCCAGGAUCCAACUUGAAAAGGAUCUCUAUCCUAUCUUGUGUCCUGUGAUACAGAACGUUUUCGACCUUGCCGCUCACAGGUCAACGGGGGAAGCUCCUCGGGAUCUGCUCAAAAUCCGAGACACAAGUCUUUGGGAAGAGGAGAGCGACAAUAAAUUAAGUCCUGAUUUCUUAGUUCACAAGGACUCCGUGUCCCGGCCCUUCGAGCUCGACGAUGCCCGAAAGAAGACCGUUACUCCGAAAUCGCAUAGGAAAUUCGUUGGACGCACCGCUUACUCGUGGAGUUUGCUACCCGGCGAGGCCAAGAUUAAGGAUGACGGCUUCGGUCUAGGUGACAAAUUGAACCUUCCGGACACCGACGCUGGUCGUCAAACUCGUGGACAGUUCGCUGAAUAUAUCUCUGAGAUUCUCGCUCGACAACAUCGUCAGUUCACCUUUGCGUUCUAUAUCUACAAGAAUUGGGCUCGGUUCUUCAUCGUCGACAGGGUCGCUUCCGUGACUACCCCGGCGUUCGACUACGUCAAGGAUCCCUACACGUUUCUGAAAUUCUUCUAUCGUCUGGCUCAAGCUGACGCCUCAGCACAGGGGUAUGACCCCACUGUCACGCUGGCAUCAUCUACCAGUAUCUCUAUUCUCAAGGAUCAUAUGUCCACCGACCAUGGGGUUAUCCAACCGUUCAUUGACGACGCUAUGAAUGAUGCUUUUGCCUACGAAUCGACUUCUAUCUGGCCUUUCUACGAAGUACAAGUCCGCGACCAUGCCACAGGGAACAUUUCGUACUUUCUUAUUGGAAAGCCGCGGACGCCAUCCACUUCUCUUCUUGGUCGUGCAACAAAAGGCUACGUUGCGUUUGAUCUAAUUGCACAUGAUUUUGUCUGGCUGAAGGAUACUUGGCGUCUGGCUUCACUGCAUUCUCACCCUGAAUGGGAAGUUUAUGAUAAGCUCAACAAAGCUGGCGUUCAACAUAUUGCUACAAUGCGGACUGGUGGUGAUGUGUAUGACCCCAAGUUACAACGCACUCUUUCCCAGGAGUACCUUAGCCAUGCACGUCUCAAACCUCGGAUCCACUGUCGCCUCGUCAUCAACGAAAUUGGCUGUCCCCUGGAAACGUACCGGACAAGUCGCGAUUUGAUAUAUAUUGUCUUGUGUGCCUUUCAAGCACAUGAGGAUGCGUGGGUGAAGGCCGGGACACUUCAUCGGGAUAUCAGCGACAACAACGUCUUGAUCUUCUUUGUGAACGGUAGAAAACGUGGCCUGCUCAUAGAUUGGGAUUUGUGCAAGUAUGCAUCCGAACUGCAAGAACGCAAGGCGACUCAUAGAAACAGAUCGGGCACCUGGCAGUUCAUCUGUGCCGUGCGCCUUCAGUACCCCAAAAAGUAUUGUGAAGUUGCAGACGAUAUCGAAUCGUUUGUGCAUCUUAUAAAUUGGUGCGCCCUGCGAUACCAUCAUCACAAGGGUGUGAAAUCGCAGUCUGGAUUCGCUACAUUUGUUCACCGAAUGUUUCUGGAUUGCACGACCUCUUCGGAUGGCCUUCUCUACGGAUGCGACGAAAAGUGGGCUGCUAUGAUGAGGGGUGACCCUGGCUUCAAGCUAACUUCCGAUGAGAGGUUUCAGGACGUUAUAAACCAGCUCAUGCGUCUUUGCAAUAGCCACUAUCGCUGCUUUGAUCUUGAAGAGCUGCAACGAUUCCAACCAGCUGACGCCAAGGAAGCUGAUGAAUCUUCACACGUCUCUACGACCGAAGACCCAGACGUUGAAGCGCCAACAGACAUAGAUAUCCUUAGGUCUCCAUUUGAGCCUACUACGCAGGUCGACCAUACCAAAGCCGAUGUCGCGGCCGGGAUCGCCGCGACAGACAUCCAACGUGGCCCUGCAAUGCGCACUCUGGAUGAACAUCUACACGUCGCUCGUGUACUGUUUGCUGCAGCGCAGGAUCCAAAUUGGAAUUGCAAGCGAGACCCUAAGGUCGACUACUUCGAACAACUGCUCGAUGUCAAUCUCACUCUUGGACGCCGGUCGGUUGCAGGGACACGAUCUGUCUCGACUUCUUCUCAAAAACGACCUCCUCCGGUUUCAGGCAGCAUGCAGCUGAAGAGGUCUAGAGGGUCGCGAUCUAAUGCUAAUGCUUCCCAGCUUGCUUCCUGGCCUGAAGAGGAGGACGGGGAGGACGAAGAGGGGGAGCAGCAGGACCAGGACCAGGGGGGCUGCACCCAGCUCCAAAGCCAGCAGUCCUACAGGGACGUUGAAGAAGAUGAUUCAAAUUGGAAAGUAGAGGCGGAAAUAAUGGCUAUUCGCAAUGCUAGGCGAGAUAACGUUAUUGAUUGGAAGGAUUUCGAUGACACCGAGCUAGAGUAGUGUAGUAGCUGCAUCCUGCAUGUAGGCUUAUCGCCACGAACGACCUCUAUACGUAACAUGAACUCUGAGUAUAUACUGAUGUCAAGUCUUCGAACCAAGAGGAUUGAUGAGCAAUAACAACCACCCGGACUGAGAAUGGCCGCCAUGCUGUUGUCGCCCGUUAUCGUGCUACCACCCCUCUCUCGUUAGAGCAAGCCAUGUUUUCUUACUUCACCCUCAUUCUAUUACUUACGCUUAUCAUGCAGUUCUAACCAUUAGCUUGCAUUUAUAUCGCAGUCAUGACAUCCGUAUGUCAUCCAUC